AUGGCGGACUUAGGCGAUGACUUCGACAUGGGGAUGGAGGAUGACGUCUUCGACGACAUCCUUCAGGAGGAAGACGGUCUGGAAUUACCCGAAGACACUCCGGAUGGGGAGGAAACGGAAAUCGUGCCAGCUGAAAACGCCCUGCCUUCGCAUAGGCCCGGCACAAAAGCUGCGACUGGACCUCGCCAGACAAGUCCAUAUAUGACCAAGUUCGAGAAGGCUCGAGUUAUUGGGACACGGGCUCUUCAAAUUAGUCUUGGCGCGCCUGUGACAGUGCCAAUUGAAGGCGAAAGCGACCCAUUAGUCUUAGCUGAAAAAGAACUCAUCGCCAAGACAAUGCCUUUUAUGAUUCGUCGGUAUUUGCCCAACGGCGAGUAUGAGGACUGGACUAUUGAAGAGCUCCUCGUAGACUAG